GCAAUGGAUCGGAGGAAGACUAAGACAGAAGGAGACAAUUGUGUGUCUCCAGAACCUUGGAUCAGUCAAAGUGGUACCAAUGAGGGUGGAGAGAGAUUUGGGGCAUGUGGCUGACAGAUUGGAGGUUGUGGUGAGCGAAGAAGAAGAGGGAACCAAGCUGAUGGCUUGAGCUAAGUGGAUGGUGCAAACCGUUCCUUCUGUCUGAGGUGGAAUUUGAGGAAGAGGAUGAGUCUGAGGUGGAAUCUGAGGAAGAGGAUGAGUCUGAGGUGGAAUCUGAGGAAGACGAUGAGUCUGAGGUGGAAUCUGAGGAAGACGAUGAGUCUGAGGUGGAAUCUGAGGAAGAGGAUGAGUCUGAGGUGGAAUUUGAGGAAGACGAUGAGUCUGAGGUGGAAUCUGAGGAAGAGGAUGAGAAACUUUUUUUUUCCAGGGUUGGUACUUGAGGGAGUGGACUUCAGCUAUCUGGAGACUCUCAUUCCUCAGUAAAACCUGCUCUGUGGCUCACCACAGAACCCAUUAGAAGGAACACAUGGGCUUUGAGCCUGCAGGAUACCUGGGAGCAAAAACAGGAAGCUCUGUGGCUCCAGAGCAGACAAGAGGGGGGGAGGGUGACAAAACCUGUUGCUUCCCUUUUCCCCUGGUCCUUCGCCACGCGCUCACUCCAGAGUGGGCCCGCUCCCACCGAGUGCAAACUCCUGCCCAAGACAGCCCCCUCAGCGUGGCCUGUUUUACCCUCAUGGUCCCGGGACAUAGACUCCAGACUCCAAACCCCUCACACGCCUCUCCAGCCUGACUUCUUCCACACGCUUCAUUUGUCUGGAAAGUCUGCUCCUACCAUUUUUGUCCCCAAGACAUUUGAACAGCUCUCCUUCAUUCCUCUCAUUCACAAAACUCCCAUGGACCCAUUGUAUUUUUUUCUCCAAGCACCUAGUAAAGUUAUAGCUACAAAGUCAAAAUACAGAUGCGUAGGUCUCUUUACCAUCCACAAUAAUCUCACGUAUCAUCUGUGGUGUGCCUACUACACUUUGAAAAAUAGGCGUAGUCAAUGCGGUUUGUUAAAUUGUUAUUUAUGGACUUGUCUUAUUUCUCCUACUAAACAUUCCCCUCCUGUCAGUGAAUAAUAUCUUCUUUAUUUGGGGGAAGCAUCUAACAAAAAACACCUUAGAGGUUCAUUGAAUAAGCAUUCUGAAAUCAAUAAAGCCUCUGCUUUGCAUAAGGCACUGCGAUUAGUAGCUAGGAGUGAAAUUAAAUCAGCACUAAAACUUGGUUUAAACUUUUUAAGACUCUUUUUUAGAGACGUUUUACAUUCACGGCAAAACCGAGGGGAAAGUCCAGAGACUUCCCAUGGACCCCAUGCUCACACGGGCACAGCCUCCCUCAUUCUCAACAGCAGGCUUUCAGAGAAAUGGAAACCUGUAUCUUCUUCCUUAAUCCUCUCCCUUCCAGUGAAUUCUGCAGUCAGAGAGAAAGAGAAGGUGAUUUGGUAAGACAAUGUGGAAAAGAAAGGCAGGUGUUAGUCAUUUGAGAAAAGGGAAGCACUCGUGUUUACAAGAAUCUUGACAGCGUCUGCUCGCACAGAUGAAGAAUUUUUUUCUAUUUGUUGAAAAUCCCAUCCUGACCCUAUUAAGAUAUUCACCAAGAACAUGGAUUUUGUCUCCAAGGGACUCUUGGAUGAGUGGAGGAGCUAAAGAGACAUGUUUGAUGGGCACUUAUUUAUUAGAAGUUAUGAGACAAGUGAGGUAGGAGGAGGAAAUGUAGCAGAAUGACAUUGGAAAGCCCUGCUCGCUCUCCAGCCCAGGCGUCCGUUGAGCCAGAGCGAGGCUGGAGCGAAGGGCUGUCGUCGGGCCGGACCGGCCAGCAUGAGCCUCGCCGGACCUGCCCGCCGCCUCCUAGAAGUGACCUCUUGCGUCUCAAAGCCCUGCGGCGCCACCUGCUUCCCCCGGCUGGUGACAGCCGGAGAAGAGAGGACCUGCCCAGGUCUCUCCUUUCCUGGCUGAAGUCCCCGUCCUGCUCCCGGCGGCUGCCACCACCCGCACCUGCAGUCCGUGUCCACCCGCAGCCCGCAGUGAAGACGUUAGAGGAACAGCAGCCAGGUGAGCGGUAGCGUUCAGAGCUGCCUCCGUGCCCUGCGGGGGGGGACUCCUGGGGCUGCCCCCCAACGCAGAACACUUGUCCUCUGUCCACCAUGGACAACGGGUCGUGUUGCCUCAUCGAGGGGGACCCCAUCUCUCAGGUGAUGCCGCCGCUGCUGAUCCUCGCCUUCGCGCUCGGCGCCCUGGGCAACGGCAUCGCCCUGUGUGGCUUCUGCUUCUACAUGAAGACCUGGAAGCCGAGCACGAUUUACCUUUUCAACCUGGCCGUGGCUGACUUCCUUCUCAUGAUCUGCCUGCCCUUUCGGACAGACUACUACUGGAGACACCGGCAGUGGGCCUUUGAGGAUGUUCCCUGCCGGGUGGCCCUCUUCAUGCUGGCCAUGAACAGAGCCGGGAGCAUCGUCUUCCUGACAGUUGUGGCUGUGGAUAGGUACUUCAAAGUGGUCCACCCCCAUCACUUGGUGAACGCCAUCUCCAACCGGACCGCGGCUGGCAUCGUGUGUGCCCUAUGGACCGUGGUCAUCCUGGGAACUCUCUAUCUUUUGAUGGAGAACCAUCUGUGUGUGCAAGACGACACCAUAUCUUGUGAGAGCUUCAUCAUGGAGUCGGCCAACGGCUGGCACGACAUCAUGUUCCAGCUGGAGUUCUUCCUGCCCCUCGGCAUCAUCCUAUUUUGCUCCGGCAAGAUUAUUUGGAGCCUGAAGCAGAGGCGGCAGCUGGCCCGGCAGACUCGGAUGAAGAAGGCCAUCCGGUUCAUCAUGGUGGUGGCAGUUGUGUUCACCACGUGCUACCUGCCCAGCGUCUCGGCCAGGCUGUAUUUCCUCUGGACGGUGCCCUCGAGUGCCUGUGACCCCUCUGUCCACGUAGCCCUCCACAUCACCCUCAGCUUCACCUACAUGAACAGCAUGCUGGACCCGCUGGUGUAUUAUUUUUCGAGUCCCUCCUUCCCCAAAUUCUACACCAAGCUCAAAAUCCGCAGUUUGAGACCCAGGAAUCCAGGGCGCUCCAAGACCCGGAGGUCGGAAGAGAUGCCAAUUUCGAACCUCUGUCACAAGAGUUGUGCCAGUGUGGCAAACAGCCUCCAGAGCCAAUCCGACGUCCAAUGGGAUCUCCAAAUGUGUUGAACGGCAGUGACACAGACAGAUGGACAAAACCAAGGAGGACAGAUAGACCGGUGACUUUGAAUGGUGCAUGCUAAGGGGUGAGAGUCUAUUGAAAAUGCCUCCCUUCCUUAGCUGGAUGCUUCUCACAGUGUUGGAAACGAGAUUCAGGUUACUAUGCCUUUCCGGAAGGUUGCGGGUGAGAAGUGAGUCAGUUGCCUUUCUAUGACCUGAUUGUAAUGACGGGACAAUAUGUGCGUGGAGAGGGGCGUGCGUGUGUUAAAAAGGAAGGACGUUAGGCAGAGCUUUACGCCCCCCCCCCCCUGUAGUUUUAAACGGCUGGGCAAACAGGCACUGAUGUGUAAAGGAGUCAUCUUCUCUGUCUGGGAGAGUCCGUGAACUUAAUGUAGCCGUAUUUCCUAUCUUCCGACCUUAAGUUGUUGUUUUAGAAACUAGAAACCAAAGUAAGUCAAUACCUUUACUUCGGGCUGAGUGAGGCUUCUUAUGGGGAUGUCCUGAUCCCGAUGAUUUUCAUCUUCGCGGGGUGCCUCGGUAUGUUUCUGAUUUCUCAGUAGGCCAAGAAGAACACAGCAAAACAGUCACUCUGACCUUCUUGAAGCGCCACAUUUUUCUGCAGGUCUUUGCAUUUCAGAGAAGGUGCUGAGAGAUUACGUUUACCUCCCCUGAUUUUUCCAGUGGGAGCUGAGUGCGUGAAAACACUCGGGUGGCCUUUGGGAAAGGCUGCAUCCACUGUGAUUGCUUUGACUGCUUGUUAUGUGACUAUGAGUUGAAAUUAUUUAUUCAUUCACUCUCCAAGUAUUUACUGAAUUCAUAUUUUGCGCUAGGCACUGUGCUAGUAUCCCUUUUACCUAGAGGGUCAUUAGUCAAUUCCUGUGUGACAGCAAAGCAUUUUGGUGGGGUUGGGGAGCGGGGAGCACAGAGGUUGAUACCCUCGCCCUCUCAAUGAAUAUAGAUUCUAGGCCUGUUCUCUGCAAACAUCCAUGUAUUUCUCUUAUGGCAGGAUUCUGAACAAACGCUGAAGGGCAGAAAGGGCGAUGUCCCUUAUGCACCUGAAUUCCCCACAUAUGUACCUGGAGCCCUCAAAACUAGAUGAUUCUAUGGAAUGACAGACUCGCCCUGCCCUGGAUCAGGAGGAAAGAUUCAAAGCCAACCUCAGCUCUGUUCUCAAGCCGCAAAGCGGUGAAAGUCAUUCUUGGCUCUUUUACUUACACUUUCUCAAAUGUUCAGGGUACUCUCUGUACUAGAUGACCUUCCCAACUUUUUGUUCUUUGGCCUCGAAACAUCCCUAUGGUCUGUCUUUAUUAUUUCCUUCUGCAGAGACUCGACACCACUCAGCGAUGAAAAGUAUGGGCUCUGGAAAGUCAGAUGAACCUUAAUUUGAAUCUCAGCUCAACCACUUCCUAGAUGUGUGAUCCGGGUGCAGACUUUAUUCAAGCAAUUUCAGCUUUAAUUUCCUCGUGUGUCAAACAGGAGUACCAGUAACGUGGAUGUCAGGAGGUUGGCGGGCAGGGUCUAUGAAUGUAAGCUCCUGAAGCACAGAGAUUUUGUUCACUGUUAUAUCCCCAGUGCCCAGAAGAGUGUCUGCACAUAGUAGGUGCUUAAUCAAUAUUUGAAUGACUAAGUGCCUAUGAAGCAUUAGGAGCAGGGUCUGGCCACGAGGACUCAAUAUUGUGGCUUAUGACAAUGCACUUUACACACAAAGGUAUGGCGGCACAAAAGCAAUUGCCCUUGGGGCUUAGAGCCCCUGCGGAGCUGCUCUUUGUCACUACCUGAAUUCCCGCCCCCUCCCCAGCUGCCGGGGGUGGGGGAAGUGAAAGCAAAUUCUUAGCAGCCUCCAAGAACCAUAUAUCCUGAAAGAAAUCUGUGAAAGCCCACACUUCUGCUUCUAAUUCUAUCCCUACUUACAAUUCUUUCCGGGGCUCCUCCUUGGUUGCUUCAUCUCAAUAAAAAUGGUUCCAAAAGAAAGUCCACAUCCUGGGUGUGAGCCAGUUUUAGUUAAAAGACUCAGAAGACUUUAUCCGCCAAGGAAAAAAGUCUGAAAAAUCCAGAAGUUCAUGGUAGGCAGAGGUUCUCACUGAAAAACAGCAAUAACAAACAAAAAUAAAGGAAAUUAAAAACCCAAA